AUGGCUGUCUCUAUCAAAAACGUCAUCGUGCUCGGCCUUUUGGCUCUGGGUUCUACCGGCGUGUAUGGUCACGCCGGCCAUCAUCACGGUGAAGAUGAAGAGAUCGUGCUUUCACAAAGUAAAAAGGAGGAGCUUUUAUUGAAAUGGGAGCAAGAAUGGGGAUUUUCCGGUGUCUCUACAUUUGCGCAUAUGAAGACAGUUAAAUGUCUCAUUGAGCCAGAUGAGCGGUACGACAUUGCUGUUAUCGGAGCCCCAUUCGAUACGGCCGUUAGUUAUCGACCAGGCGCACGGUUUGGUCCUCGCGCAAUCCGCGCCGCCAGCGGCCGCCAACUCCCAGGAACGAGCUACAAUGCACGCGCCGCCAUUAACCCCUACAAAUCAUGGGCCACAAUCCUCGACUGCGGCGACAUUCCUAUCACGCCGUUCGACAACGCUCUCGCCGAACGACAAAUGUACGAAGCGUUUUUGGAGCUUGGUACCCGUCCUGCAAAGACACCCGCUGCCCCGAACGACAAGAGUAUAGCAGCUGGAAAACCGAAGUUGGUCACUUUAGGAGGAGACCAUAGCGUAGCUCUACCAGCGCUACGAGCAUUGUAUCAGAUUUAUCAGAAGCCCAUCACGGUCUUGCAUUUUGAUGCGCAUUUGGAUACCUGGAAUCCCGUACGAUACGCCUCGUAUUGGCUCUCGGAGCAAUCGCGAUUCAAUCAUGGAAGUUUUUUCCAUAUUGCCAGUACCGAGGGACUGAUUUCGAACACUAGCUCUGCGCAUGCAGGCAUCAGGACGAGGUUGACUGGUAUCGAUGAUGGGGAUUAUACCAACCCUGGCCCCGAGCAAGGAUUUAUGCGUAUCCAUGCUGAUGAUAUUGAUGACAUCGGCACAAGCGGCGUGAUUGAUUCGAUCAUCAACCGCAUUGGUCUUGACCCCGAUCAGCCCGUUUAUUUGUCAUUGGACAUUGACGUCCUCGACCCCGGCACAGCGCCAGGUACCGGAACCCCCGAACCCGGUGGCUGGACAACGCGAGAAUUGAUUCGUAUUCUGAGAGGCAUUGAGAAGCUGAAUCUCGUGGGUGCGGAUAUUGUGGAGGUUAGCCCUAGUUAUGACAAUGUGGGAGAGACGACUGCGUUGGCGGCAGCACAGGUGGCGUUUGAGAUCAUUACAAGUAUGGUCAAGUCUGGUUCCGGAAAGGAGUUGGGUGGCUGGUAUGGGAAGAAGGAGGACGAGGUUUUUGAGAAGGGGAAGGAUGAGUUAUAA